AUGGCCACAAUCACCACGCAAACAAAACCAGAGGACACAAUCCCUUUCAAAAAUGGACACAUCACAGUGGAAGAUAUAAUUCCAAGUCCAGCAGAGCCAGAUAUUCCUCUUCCACCACCAUCAAAAAAUCCCGUCGACAUUCUAGAUGCGGAUAAAAACACACCGGACAACCAUGUACCUCGCGACCCACGAUUGAUUCGAUUAACGGGUGUACAUCCAUUCAACGUCGAGCCGCCGUUGACCGAUUUAUACAAAGAAGGCUUUCUUACAUCCCCGGAACUAUUCUAUGUGCGGAACCACGGGCCAGUGCCCCAAGUUAACGAUGUAGAUAUUCCAAACUGGGAGAUCAGUAUUGAAGGGCUAGUGGAGAAACCCUUAGUCCUCAACUUCCGAGAAGUUCUCCAGAAGUACGACCAGAUCACAGCACCGAUCACACUCGUCUGUGCUGGAAACAGACGAAAAGAACAAAACACAGUCCGCAAGUCGAAAGGCUUCUCAUGGGGUCCAGCGGGUCUCUCGACAGCCUUAUUCACGGGUCCCAUGAUGGCAGAUAUAAUCCGUAGUGCGAAGCCACUCAGAAGUGCAAAGUAUGUGUGUAUGGAGGGUGCUGACAAGCUGCCUAAUGGCUUCUAUGGAACAUCAGUCAAAUUGAACUGGGCCAUGGAUCCGAACCGAGGAAUUAUGCUGGCCCACAAGAUGAACGGCGAAGAUCUUCGACCUGAUCAUGGUCGGCCCCUGCGAGCAGUGGUACCGGGUCAAAUUGGCGGACGAAGUGUGAAGUGGUUGAAGAAGUUAAUUUUGACGGACGCGCCCAGCGAUAACUGGUAUCAUAUCAAUGAUAACCGAGUCCUGCCAACGAUGGUGUCGCCAGAGAUGUCUGCUCAGGACCGCAAGUGGUGGACUGAUGACCGAUAUGCCAUUUAUGAUCUCAAUGUCAACUCUGUUGCUGCGUAUCCUCAGCACGAAGAGGAACUUGAUCUAGCCAUGGCUGGGCCCACCUAUACGGCCAAAGGAUAUGCGUAUGCUGGUGGAGGGCGGAGAAUAACAAGAGUUGAAAUCUCUCUCGACGGGGGCAAAUGUACGAACAUCAGCUAUGAUGAUAACCUCAAGGUGGACAAAGCUAAUACUUGUGUUUUUCUUCCAGCCUGGCGUCUCUGUGAGAUCGAAUACGCAGAAGACAAAUAUCGAAAUUUCGAGGGCAACCUAUUCGGCGGCAAGGUAGACAUGUGGUGGAGGGAAGCAAGUUUCUGCUGGUCCUUCUGGUCUCUAGAGAUCCCAGUCUCGGACCUGGAAGCCAGCGAUGCAAUUCUCGUCCGGGCAGUGGAUGAAGCACUUGCUGCCCAGCCACGGGAUAUGUACUGGUCAGUCUUGGGCAUGAUGAACAAUCCCUGGUUCCGAGUCACAAUCACAAAAGAAGGGAACAUUCUCAAAUUCGAACAUCCAACACACCCAAGUAAGGCCGGAGGGUGGAUGGAGAAAGUCAAGAAAUCCGGUGGCGAUUUGCUCAAUGGUAAUUGGGGUGAGCGGGCUCAAGGCGAGGAACCCGUUGAGCCUGAGCCUGUGAAAGAGAUCAAUAUGAAGAAGGAUGGCGUGAGCAGGCAGAUUGAUUUGCAGGAGUUGAAGGCGAACAGUACGAGUGAGAAGCCCUGGUUUGUUGUGAAUGGGGAAGUAUACGAUGGCACCGGUUUCCUCCUCGGACAUCCAGGAGGAGCGAUCAGUAUCACAUCUUCCGCUGGUCUGGAUGUAUCGGAAGACUUCCUUGCAAUCCACAGUGAAACCGCCAAGGCAAUGAUGCCCGACUAUCAUAUUGGCACACUAGACAAAGCAUCUCUUGAAGCACUCAAGAACAACUCAACAUCAGAUUCAAACGAGCCACGCCCAGUAUUCCUCCAAUCCAGAGCAUGGACCAAGGCCACACUCACCGAGAAAAGGAAUGUAUCCUGGGACACGCGGGUCUUCAUCUUCGACCUGGAACACGACAAACAAACCCUCGGUCUACCAAUCGGUCAACAUCUCAUGAUAAAGCUCCCAGAUCCAUCUACCAAGGAAGCAAUAAUCAGAUCUUACACGCCAAUGUCAGACACGAAUCUGGUAGGGAAGAUGGAGUUACUCGUGAAGAUCUAUUUCCCAACAGAUACAAUCCCAGGAGGAAAAAUGUCCCUGGCCAUUGAUGCCCUCCCCAUCGGUUCUGAAAUCGACUGCAAGGGCCCGACAGGUCGAUUCGAGUACCUCGGCAACGGCCGGGUCGUUAUCAGUGGGAAAGAGCGCCAGCUGCGCUCUUUCAAAAUGAUCUGCGGUGGAACGGGUAUCACGCCCAUCUUCCAAGUCCUGCGGGCUGUCAUGCAGGAUAAGGAAGAUCCGACGACGUGUGUUGUUCUCGAUGGGAAUCGAUUGGAAGAGGAUAUCUUGUGUCGAGAGGAUCUUGAUGCUUAUGUUGCGGCUGAUAGUCGGAAGUGUACUGUUGUGCAUACGCUGACCCAGGGCUCUGAUGCCUGGACUGGGCGACGGGGUCGGAUAUCUGAGGAAUUGCUUGCGGAGUAUGCUGCGCCUGAAGAGCAGAGUAUGGUUUUGAUCUGUGGUCCGGGACCUAUGGAGAAAUCUGCUCGUAAGAUUCUUCUUGAAAAGGGCUGGGCGGAGUCGGAUCUUCAUUUCUUCUAG